CUACAUUAAUAAUACGGCCAUAUCAUGUAUAUGUCAGUCUUUGCAAAGCCCGCUCAAGUUAAGCAUUCAAACUGCGUGAAAUCAUCGUAAGUUUUUAAUUUCGUGGUGUAAUUUUAAAUUUCUUUGUAAAAUCAGUGUAAGUAUUUAAUAACAUUUAUAAUCCACUUUAAAAGUUUUUUAUUAUAGUAUUAUUUAUAUGGAUGACAAUUAGUCAAAUAGGGACAGUCAUUCUACCACUAAGAACCUAUUUUACCACACUAGUCAUUAUUUAAGACUAAAAUAAAAAGGCAAUUUUGAGAAAGCGUAGCUGCAAGAUCGUCAGUGCCUAGAGUAAAUUUAUCACAACGGCAAGUAAAAUAGGAUACGAAUUUUUCAACUUCGAGAUCAGGUGACAGUGUUUGAGGACAUUUUCAAUGGACGUAUUGACAACUUUUUUUGCUGUGAUGGCUUCAGUUUUUUUUGGAGUAUGUGCAGUUGUCAGUGUGUGUAUGUGCUUCACCACUUUGGGGGAUAGAAGAUGGGGUUCCUUGAUAGGCUGCAAACUUUGCAGGAAGAACGGGGAGAAGGUCUACAUCCUGCAAGGAAAGGAUGCGAGUCCUCGAAUGGGAUCUGGCCAGGAUGAGCUGAUGGUGAGCUACAGUGCCGGGUCAGCCUCCAAGACGGCAACAGUCUUCCACUUCCCUUCCUCAGUCAAGCCGUUGUCUACGAAGCAACGAAAACCAGUUCGAGACAUCAUCGGCAGGGAACAUGAAGAUCCUUCAGAGAGUGAACCCGAACUCAAGGAGGUGCUGGUGACGAAGCCGACCAGCGAAGAAGGGAACAGGAGACCUCGUGAACGCCCGAGCAAGGGAGGCGGGGGCGGCGUGCGGGAGCGCAUGUCCUGCUUCAGCCUGGGCUGCCUGCGCCGGUCGCAGAGCCUGCCGAGCCUGCUGGGGGGGCCCGGGGGCGGCGCCCGCGACCUGGACGACUCCUCGCUCGACGACCUCUGCAGCCGGUUCGACUCCUCCGUGCUGAGCUUCAGCCGCGAGGACAGCCGCUGCACGGAGCGGGACGAGUUCCUGUCCCUGGUGCUGUCCCCGGGGAGCCGGUCGUCGCUGUGGCAGAGCGCCGAGUCGUCGUCCGGCUCCUGCUUCAGCUUCCGCUCGACCAGGACGCUCGUUGCCUCCGACGCGGCCCCGAGUCCUGGAAGGUACAGGCAGCAGCGCAGUUGUGAGUGACGUGCGUCGCUCCCUCGUGAAUGAUUGCAUAGUGACGGUUAGUCGAGCCUCGGCAAACGCAACGUUAAACCUGUUGUCGAAUGUGCUCCUCCAGUUCUGGGUGUGUGCACACGUCUCAGAUACAAGAACUUGUUCAGCUGCACUAUAGCAACAUUUAAUUAGUGUGUAGAUCCUUGAAGAAACACCAGAAUCUCGUAAAAAAAAAAAAAAAAAAUUUUUUUUUUGUUGUACUAGUCAUGAUAGUAAAAUAUGAGAACUGUGCAAUUAGCAAGAAUAUAAUUCUUUUGAUUUCGUGUUUUGUUGUGUCAUAAAGCUAUUGGGGAUAUUGCUAAUCCCAGAAAUUAACUCAAAUAAUAAGAAGAUAAAUGUUGUGAAGGUCCAAUUUUUUACCACAAGUUUUUUUUAAGGGUUUUUACAGGUAAAAGUGUGCAUAAUAUAGAUUUUUGUAUUUUGUAAUUUUUUAUUACCUUGUGCCUUGUGAUUUGUUAAAGAAAAUGGUAGCAAAUAUUUAGAUAUAAUGAAAUAUUUUUUUUUAGAUUGUUGUGUUUUACAAUGUCAAUGAAUGAAAAUGUAAAAAUGUUUGGCAUUCUUUUGGUGUGGUAAUAAUUAAUUACAUUACAGUACUAAAUGUAUGUUAACAUUACCCUUCAGAAUUUAUGAUUAUUGGUUUUGUGUUGAUUAGUGUAAAUACUUAAAACAUAUCCUAAAGAAGAAAUAAAAAAAUCAAUGUUUUUAAAUAUUAAA